UCAAUAAUAUGAUACUACAUCGGCGUUUCUUGACCCCGACUCCGAUACCCUCACUCCGAUAGAACUAAGCCUAAAGUAGAGGCUAGAGGCCUCAGGCAUAAAUGUUUACUGGUGGUCAUCCUUCCAUACUGCAGUCGUCCAUCAGGCAGAAGCUUUUUAUAUAAACCAGCUCCCUGUCCACUUCAAGAAGCAGCCUGUCAACAUUGAUCAGCUUCUAUAUUCUCAAUUCAAUGGUGGAACACAAGGAUUCAACCAUACUAUCGCUUGACCAGCACAGCCAUGUAUCGUCUUCAACUCCCAUAGAGGGCGACCGCGAGCAAGAUCAUGUCGGCCAUCCAGCAGAACAACUCGAGGCUGUAGGAGACAGCCAGGCUCCAACCCUGGACAGCGAGAUGGAAUAUGUUACAGGCGCAAAAGCAUUCGCCCUCAUGGUUUCCUGCAUGCUUAUAGCUGCAGCCAUUGGUCUAGAUAACAACAUUGUGGCGAUAGCUGUGCCUAGCAUAUCCGACAAGUUCAACACCAUAUCCGACAUAGGGUGGUAUUCCAGCACUCUGCGACUGGUUAUGUGCUCGUUUAUGUUUCUGUUUGGGAAGGCCUACACUCUCUACGCCACGAAACCGCUGUUCAUCAUGUCUAUCGGGGCAUUUGAAGCUGGUAAUAUUCUGGCAACCUUCUCCCCCACGUCAAAUUCCUUCAUCUUGGGGAGGGCCAUCACCGGGUUUGGCUGCGCUGGUAUUAUCAAUGGGCUGUUCAGCAUGUUGACUCGAUUGUUUCCUUUGCACAAGAGACCAUUAGUCGGCGGGCUGGUUGGUGCUGUGGAAACAUUAGCAGGCAUUUCAGCACCCCUGAUCGGUGGUGCGCUCAUCGAUGGUUGGAGUUGGCGAGCGUGCUUUGGGAUAAAUGUGCCAUUGGGACUCGUCGGCCUCGCGGUGAACUGGUUUUUCCUAGAGACUCCUCACAGCCCGAAAUUUGACCUUCCGUGGCAGGAAAAGAUCGAGAACCUGGACCUUCUUGGCACGGCAGUGUUUAUCCCGAUGAUGACAUGUCUUCUGCUGGCUCUUGAAUGGGGGGGUAUCACCUACAGCUGGAGUGACCUGCGAAUUAUCGCCUGUCUGGUGGUUUUUGGCGUGCUCUUCGCUGUCUUCGCAUGGCGUCAAUAUCGCGCUGGAGAUCGCGCCACGCUCCCUCUUCGCAUCCUACGCAAUCGCAGUAUUAUUGCCGGGGCAUGGUUUGGCUGUUGCAUCAAUGCGGCUGGCGCAGUUCUGGAAUACUACCUGUCUAUCUACUUCCAGGCCAUUCGAGGAUAUUCCGCUGCCCAAGCCGGAGUCUAUGCUCUACCGAUGAUCACAGGUCUCUGCGUAGCUUGCAUCGUCGCUGGUGCCGCGACCUCUCGGAUCGGCUACUAUGUCCAAUUCAUGUAUGCUACCACGAUCCUAUCAUCGAUUGCCGCUGGGCUCCUCACUACCAUCGACCUGAAGACCGACCUUCCCAAGCUGCUGUGUCUAGAAGGUCUUAUGGGGUUUGCAUCGGGAAUUGGGUUCCAGGCUCCCCAGGUGGCUGCCCAGACUGUUCUCGCCGCUGACGAAGCAACGAUUGGGCUGUCAAUCAUUCAAUUUGGACAACAGCUCGGUCCGGUGCUGUUUCUCGCUGCCUCGACUACGCUGUUCACCAACCGACUGACAGCCGAGGUGGAGCAGUACUCCCCAUCGACCAACAUCACCUCUUUGGAGAAUAUGGGGCUGUCGGAUAUUCGAAAGGCCUUUGGCGGUGAAAAACUCGAAGAUGUGCUGUUGGGUUACGAUACUGCUGUGACACAGACGCUUUUCCUACCUGUUGCUUUGACGUGUGUGACGGCUUUUGGGUCACUGGCUAUGGAAUGGCGUUCUGUCAAGAAGAAGCAGCAAUGAGCAGCAUCUUCAUGAAUUAGUGGUAUAUUGCUACAUCUCGCGGUAUUUAUGGUUAUUUGCUGAUUGGGUAAGUUUGAUUAAGUCUAUAAGCAUCAUAUAUCAAGUCUUCCUGAAUCAAUCGUCCCCCCCCCUUCCUAUUUUUCGUGCCGAGACUCGUUGUCUUCUUACUUUACCUCAUCUUCGUGUAUACCUAUCAGUGAUACCGACGUCCACAC